AUGAAAAAAAAUAAUAGUUUAUCAUUCUUUUGUAUUUUUUUAUUUUUUUUGUAUAUAUUUAAGGGUAAUUCUUGCGAUAAAUUAUAUACAAUUGGACCAAAUCCUAUCCCUUGUUCAGAGUGUCAAAAUUUAUACAAUUGUACUGCAUGUUUAUAUGAAGAAAAUGAAGCAACGCAUGCAAUACCUUUAAAAUUAAAUAAAAAAAAUAUUAAUGAUCAUAGUAAUCUUAAAAAGCAUCAUGAAUCAUUAAAACUAGGUAAUGUAAAAUAUUAUGUCAAAAGAGGAGAAGGUAUUUCUGGAAGUUUUGGACAUAAUUCUGGAAAUUCUAUAGAUAAUAUGGAUAUUAUCACUGAAGAAAUAAAGAAAAGAAAAGAACUAAGCUUAAAUGAAAAUUUUUUGAAUUUUAGUGAAUAUAUAAAAACAGAUUUAUCUGAUUUUCUUCCUGGUAUUCAAAGACAUAAAUAUAAAGAAAAUAAUCUGAAUAUAGAAAAAAAUUUUAUAGAUUUACAUAAUAAAAAUGCAACUGUUGAACAAACUAAUGACAAUGUAUUUUUAGUUCCAUUAAAACAUUUGAGAGAUAGUCAAUUUGUUGGAAAAUUACUAAUAGGAACUCCUCCUCAAGAAAUGCAUCCUAUUUUUGAUACGGGAAGUACAAAUUUAUGGGUUGUUACAACUAAAUGUGAAGAAGAAUCUUGUAAAAAAGUACACAGGUAUAACCCUAAUAAGUCAAAAACAUUUAGAAGAACCUUAAUAGGAAAACGUUUACGUAUAGUUUUUGGUUCUGGUUCUAUUUCUGGGUCUAUAGGAACUGAGACUUUUAUAUUGGGAGAACAUGUAGUAAGAAAUCAAACGUUUGGUUUAGUUGAAAGUGAAUCAGAUAAUAAUAAAAAUGAUGGAGAUAAUAUUUUUGAAUAUAUCGAAUUUGAAGGCAUAGUUGGUUUAGGAUUUCCAGAAAUGUUAUCAGCUGGAAGUACUCCUUUUUUUGAUAACUUAGUUAAACAAAACAAAAAUGUUCUUGAGCAGUUUUCAUUUUAUAUAUCUCCUUAUGACAAUACAUCAACCUUUAUGAUAGGAGGUAUAAGUAAAUCUUUUUAUGAAGGAAAAAUUUAUAUGUUACCAGUUGUUAAAGAAUACUACUGGGAAGUAAAAUUAGAUGCUAUAUAUGUAGGAGAAGAAAAAAUAUGUUGUGAAAAAGAAAGUUAUGCAAUAUUUGAUACAGGUACAUCAUAUAACACUAUGCCCAGUACUCAUAUAAAUACAUUAUUAAACUUAAUACCUACUAAUUCUUGUAACGAAGAUAAUUAUAAAGAAGUCUUAAAAAAUUACCCUAGCAUUAAAUAUAUAUUUGGAAAUUUAAUAGUUGAAUUAACUCCAGAUGAAUAUAUGAUUUUAAAUGAAGAUACUUGUAUACCUGCAUAUAUGCAAAUAGAUGUGCCAUCAGAAAACAACAAUGCCUUUUUACUUGGUAGUAUAUCAUUUAUGAGACAUUACUUUACUGUUUUCAUAAGAGGAACUAAGGGAAAACCAUCAAUGGUUGGAAUAGCUAAAGCCAAAAAAAAUAUUGAAGUUAAAGAAAACUAA